AGUUGCAGUUCUCAUGGAUCCUGAGAUAUCUAUCUUGUACUGCAGCCCCAUUCCUCAGGGGAUCCCCCAACGUAAAGUGCAUGUCCAGCUUUCCCCGCUUUAUCAGCGGAGAAAACUUCCACCCCCACUGGAAGAGCAGAUUCUCGUAGACUGGGAAGAACGUCAGCGCAAACAGCCAUGGGUAUUUAAUGGAGCAAAAUUCAGGCUUCAUUCUGUCCAGCCUGAAGAAAAUCCAAAAAUGGAAAAACAAGAAAAGACAGAGAGGAAAAAAGAGACCCUGAAAAUUGAAAGCAGAACAACAGAAUGGAGUGAGGGACUGAAAUGUGGAGAAAUUGACCCUAAUGUGAGUGAAGGGGGAGGCCUUACUCUACACCUGGCACUCACAUGUUACAGAGAUUUCUUGGGCACCAACUGGUCAGGUGAGGCAAGUGCCUUACAGGAACGAGGAGGACGAGAGUAUGGGGACACUCAAGCUUAUUUGGCACAGCCGCUUGGCGUAGGAGCUGCUCUACAGUGUAAAGACGAUCGGUUUGUUCUACUAAAGAGGAGCUUCAAGGUAGGAGAAGCACCAGGUCAGCUGGAUGUACCAGGAGGACACCCUGAGCCUAAGGCUGUUGCUCCCAAUGUUCCUGAGGAAGAACUUAGUUUGGAUGUUUUGAGCCUGAACUGGUUAUCAGAGAGCUUUUCUCAUCUAUCCUGGCUGAAAUACGGGAUGAGGUUAAUUUACCUUUAUCUACAUUAAGUGAACCUCUCUUCUACUUGGCAUUGCCCGUAACCAUACAAGUGCAGGGCGACCAAGUGCAGAAUUCUAUGUAAGAUGCAGUCUGACCUCAGAAGAGGUGAAAGAAAGAUACUUACAGGGAGGACCAGAGGCACAGGAAUCUACAGAUAUUAUUUUUUCUAGACCGAGCGGAUCUGCUCACCAUUGAAAGCUCAGAAAUGUGGAAGGAGCUGUGUCCCUCAGCGAAGGGUUGUAUGAAACUCUAUCUCUUAGUACGGGAGCAGCAAUCUUAUCAGCUGUAG